AUGCGAGCGCCUGGUGGCCGGGCCUUGGCCCACGGGGCCCGGCCGGGCUCAGCCCGAAGGCAUGACGUGGGCAGUCCCUCCUGUGGGCCCACCACCUGCAGAGGGGUCCGUGGUGGCGCGGUGCUGAGAGGACUGGGCAGCAGUCGAAGGCGGAGACCUCGGCGACCCAGUCCGCACACACAACAUCUGGCUCUUGGGACGUGGAACGUCACCUCACUGGGGGGGAAGGAGCCCGAGCUACUGGGCCCAGUACCCAUCGGGCUCAGGACCCAUCGGGCCCAGUACCCAUCGGGCUCAGGACCCAUCGGGCCCAGGACCCAUCGGGCUCAGGACCCAUCGGGCCCAGGACCCAUCGGGCCCAGUACCCAUCGGGCCCAGGACCCAUCGGGCCCAGGACCCAUCGGGCUCAGUACCCAUCGGGCCCAGGACCCAUCGGGCCCAGGACCCAUCGGGCCCAGGACCCAUCGGGCUCAGGACCCAUCGGGCUCAGGACCCAUCGGGCUCAGGACCCAUCGGGCUCAGGACCCAUCGGGCCCAGGACCCAUUGGGCCCAGGACCCAUCGGGCCCAGUACCCAUCGGGCCCAGGACCCAUCGGGCUCAGUACCCAUCGGGCCCAGGACCCAUCGGGCUCAGGACCCAUCGGGCCCAGUACCCAUCGGGCUCAGGACCCAUCGGGCCCAGGACCCAUCGGGCCCAGUACCCAUCGGGCCCAGGACCCAUCGGGCCCAGGACCCAUCGGGCUCAGUACCCAUCGGGCUCAGUACCCAUCGGGCUCAGGACCCAUCGGGCUCAGUACCCAUCGGGCUCAGGACCCAUCGGGCCCAGGACCCAUCGGGCCCAGGACCCAUCGGGCCCAGUACCAUCGGGCCCAGUACCCAUCGGGCUCAGUACCCAUCGGGCCCAGCAGCCUCACUCGAUGGAAAUGA